UGCAUUAUAUUAUUAUUAUUUAUUUAUUUAGGGGAGUGUCUUGGAAACUUCUGGAGCCUAUGACCCAUCUCCGCAUUUUGAAUAUUUACUACAACAGCAUUAAAACUCUUGGCACUGACUUCAGUGAACAUAUAACUAAAGAACUAAGACAACUUACAUUUUAUGAAACGAGUACUAAAUCUGUCAAACCUGGUGCUUUUAAGGGAUUUUUUGAUUUAGAAAAAGUAGCUUUUGAAUCUUGCAAACUGACAGAAUUAAGUCGUGAUAUAUUUCCAACACCUUCUAAUGUUCAAGUAUUGUACUUCAACAAUAACAACUUAAAAAGUCUACCAGAUGACAUGUUUGCUGAUAUGCCACGCUUACAGACUAUUGGUCUUAGACAUAACCAACUGACUGUUAUACCUGCAACAGCAUUCAUUGGAAGUACAGACAGACUUGCAUACUUUCAACUGGAUGGUAAUCCAAUCAUCUGCGAUUGUCGUCUAUCCUGGUUAAUAAAGGCGAAGCCAGCAGCACUUUCAGGAACUUGCGCUUUGCCCUCAAAGUUUAAAGGGAAAGAAAUUAAAGAACUUGAUGCUGCUAAUUUUAAAUGCUAAUUUAGUUGUUUCUACGUAUGAAAGCAAAUUUUGCUUGUUAUUUUCUUCAUAAAUAACAAUUAAGUUUUUAUCUACAAAAAAAAUCCAGUUUACAAUUUGUCUAGUCAAAAUGUUCAUUAAAAGUUAGCAUUUUAUAAGAA